CAACGUAUAACAAUAACCCAAAGAAAAAAAGGCAAAAAUCUCCAUCAUACAAAUUUCAGGCCAUAUACAUGGGAAUGGAGGAAGCGAAAUCGAGCGCGCAAUUUGGCGACGACGAAGAUGAAUAUCAAGAUGCCGUAGACGAAUUCGAAUUUUACGAUUGUCGCGAGAAAUUUUCCGAUUCAAUCGAAUCCAAUCGCGAUGAAUCAAUCUCGGAUCCUAGCCCCGUUCCAAUUGAAUCCAAUCUGGAAGACAAAUCCCCGCCGCCAGCGGUUCUCCGCCGCCGCAGGUCUCUGUCGAGAAAAAAAUCCUUCAGAGAUGACACGGCGGAAUCGGCGAAGCUCGGCACGCAGGAAAAUGUGGACAAAUACUUGAGAGAAAGAGAGGUAUCGCUUUCUCGGAAAUUCGAGGGAUACGAGAAGGCAUUGGAGGAUACGAAGCUUGCUUUGCUGAGGAGUGAGAUGAACGAAGAGAAAUCGACGGUAACGGAUGCGACCGAAGCAGCUCGUAGUGGAGAAUUGGGCUUCAGAGGAAGUGAUGAUUCGGAUUUGGGUUCGACCCUUCCAUUCAAGCUGGCUGGUAUAGUAAUCAAGCCUAUUACCUUCCAAAUUGAUUUGCUAGUCAAAAUUUUUACGUUUACGAUUCGAUUGGCGUAUUACUCGUACAUGAUUGUGUUUAACCCCUUGGGGCUCUUGCUGGGAUUCCGAGGGUUUAUAGCUCAGCAAUUGAAAACAAUAUGGAAUCUCACGUUUGGAAUUGCUUCAGAAUAUGUAUAUGAAUGGUUGAAAGAGCAGCGAGCGAUUUUGAAAUUAGGGUUGAAAUGUGGUUGGGGAUUGUUGUGGUCAGCUUAUGUGUGUUUUGUAUUGGUCGGAUUGUUGGUGUCGGCGUUUGUGAUGGGCGGAGUGUUGAUAAAAAUGGUGGUGGAGGAGCCGAUUACUAUGACUAGGAGCUUGAAUUUUGAUUUUUCAGAGAAGUGCCCGGUGGCAUUGGUGCCGAUUAUGUCAAAUGUGAAGAUGAAUCGUGACAUGGUGCAUUUCGUUGAGAAGCAUGGGAUCUUUAAGAGCAGUGGAUCAAGGGUCGUGCCAUGGGAUCAUGGGUUGCAGAUUACUGUGUCUCUAAAGUUGCCCGAGUCUGAAUACAACCAACAUCUUGGGAUGUUUCAGAGCUUUCAAGAAUGGCUUGCUGCCUAGGACUUCCAUUUGCAUCCCUUUUUGAUUCAGUAUACACGCAACGCUCCCUGUUUCUCCUCAUAUAGAUUGUUUAACUCUGAAGUUUUAUAUGCUUCAACUAUAUAUGGGAUAUCUACAACUUUUGGCGUAUACUGCUAGGAAUCUCCCUUUCUAUGUGUAGUUUAUCGCAAAACAGAGAAAAAAUUGAUGAUUUGCCACAUCUUUUCGGUCUCUACUCUCUAGGCAUGCUUCACAUUAGAUUAUGUAUCCGAAGCCCUGGUGCACAUGCCCGUUGUUUAUGUAGGGAUCAGACCACCAUGACACUAUUACUAGGACCUCUUUUGCUGUUACACCGCUUACUGAGUUGGCUAGACUCAGAGGAACACAAGCCAGCUACAAAAAAGGGAAAAACAAGAUUACAGUGAACAACUAAGUACAAGAAACCCUAGCUAUGUUCAAAUCCUUCACCAGACUUGAACCGUCAAGCUCCUCCGAUUAAUGCCUGUACACUAAGUAAACAUGUUAGUAACCCAAACAAUGAUCCCGAAGGAUCUAACACAGAACAGACAACACAAGGUCAGAAACAACAUGAUGUGGCUCAGGUCACAACAGCGACUACACCAGGCCAAGAACCUCCCUACAACUUCUACCAAGAGUCACAAGGCGAAGAGAAACGUCGAACUCCGGUGUCUAGCUCUACCGCGUCACCGACUACCGCCAGCACCGGCCUCCUCACACACAAACCUUCACUACUCACACGGAUCUCACCAAGUCUACACAAGAUCCCUCACACUACACAUCAGCCAGGUCAUCUGAAACCCUAGGUCAGAUCCAACUCCAGAACUCAGCAAGAAACCGAGAGAGUAACCACACUCAAGAUCUUCACCGAUUGAACUAACUAAAACAUAGAUUCAAUGGUAGAAACCAAAAAUCUAAGGAGAUGAAUGGAGGAAACCAUCUCUGAUGAAGUGAGAGAAAGAAGAGAGAAGGGAGAGCUCAUCACAGAAGGGAGAGAGAGAGAGAGUGAAGUGAAUAAUGAGAGGAGAGGAAACGGCUGGCUUGACUUACUCUCACAAAACAAGCACAGCCCUAAGAUCAACGGCUAGCAUUGGAGAUCGGUGUGGAGCAGCCACGCGGCGGCCAUUGGGACAGGUAAGUAAGUAGCGGGCCACAUAAGGAAAAUGGGCUGCUCAUAUUCAGACUGGGCCUGAAUUAAUAUCAGCCCAAUCAAUUUGGUCCACCAAAUUCAACAGUUUACCUAUUAGAUCUGAUUAUUAUGUGUUCCUCCUUGAAGGUCAGAGUCGAUUUCCUUGCCGCUGAUGGCCAAAUACUCGCAACAUCACGACGUCCCUGUGUGCUGCAGUACAGGAGCCAGCCGAUUCGCCUCCUGCUUACUUUCCUCAAGGUUGCCCCCAUUCUGACCGGCUACACAUCAGAAACCCAGAACCUAAUAGCAAACUUCAAAGAUUUCACCGAAGGUGAACCCCCAACCGCUUCCAUAAGGGUUGUUCUUGAGCAGCGAGCUGAGUACUGUUAGGAGUGAAGGGCGGAAGAGAGGCAGAGAGCACGGGAUAUGCUCUCCAAUCACACUUAAUAAUUUGUAAAUGCAGAAUAGAGAGGAACGAUCACUUGAUUGAAUGGAAUGUAAAGAAAUAUCAAUCCUCCGCAGAGGCCUACGACCAAGUCGUCCAAUACAAAUGAUCUCUCCAAGAUA